GAAGGAUCUUCUUCAGUUAUUAGACAGUUACUGUCUAAUGAUGAACCAACAGAGGGAUUCUCGACCUGAUUUCUGUUAUACCGAAUAUGAUUUCGUUUAUUUGCCUAUGGAUUUCAUGAGAUCAUGGUAUGAAGGAAAAGUGUCGAAUUUGGGAUACGCGUUUGUGAAUUUCACUACGUCGAGUGCUGCAUCACAGUUCUGUGGUGUGUAUCAUAAUUACAAAUGGGAUGUUAAUGUGAACAGAAAGAUUUGUGAGAUUACCGAGGCUAGGAUUCAGGGAAAGGAAGCAUUAAAGAAUGCAUUCAAGAAUAAAAUCUUCUGGUGUCGCAACGAUCAAUAUCUGCCUGUAAUGUUAUAUCCAGCUAGCAAUGGUCGUCGUCGUUACAGAAGGGUUAACGUGGGAAGGCGUAUACCUCGUCUUCCUCGGAAGCCACUUAAGAAAGUUGAGUAGUUGUGAUGAUGAAGAAUUUGAACUGCAUAGUUAGUUUUUAGUGUGUGUAGGAUGUUUGUAUGUUUUUUUUUUAAAGGUUGAUGGUAGAUGAAGGAGGACGUGUGUGUAGCUUGGUGUUUUCAUUGUCUCCCUGACCGUCAACAGUUUGUUUGGGGAGAAUUGAAAACAUGGAUGGCUGUUUGUUUGUUUGUAUGUUUGGUUUGUGGGUUUUUUCUUGGGAGACGAGGAUGAUGUUGGGUUACUUUCUGCAAUAUUAUUCUCUCCACUUUUACUUGUUUUUCUUGUAUAUCAUCUCUUUAUCAAAACCCGAACCUCACCACAUGUGGCACGUGUUCCUUCUGAAAAUGGUUAAGCUUUGAUCUUUUUCCAAGUUUUAGUGCUCUAAUAUAAAAAAAAUUACCUAAU